UACGUGCACAUUAGCAUAUGCUACUUCCGGUAGCCUACUUCCUAUUGGGUGUCGAGCUUCCGGUAUCAACACGACUCGGCUGUCUAUGGCUGGAAUCCGGUAGCCCAAUGGCCGAAGCAAAUUUCUCAAGAUGUCUUGGACAUAUGCCGGCGAUAACAGUUGACGAUGUUCAUCGACUGGUCAGCAUUUUUUCACCCGCACCCCAAAGCAAACGAGAAAAGGGUUUUAUACUGUAUAUAUCGCAAUAUUUGCACAAUUUUGAAGGUAAGUCACAACAACAUGAUAUCCAUGCUACGUGCUAAAGUUAUGUUAUCUGGUAAAUGUUAUGUUAUCUCUAUACAUUAUAAAAGUCGAAAUCGUGCGUUAGAUGUUUGUCUUAGCCCUUGUUUAGUUUAUGAUGUUAUGUUCGGAGGCUAUGUGUUGUUGACACUCCUACGUGUUAUAUAGGCAGUAGCCUAAAAGUAUCAAACGUUGAUUCGUUCGUUUUCAAGUUAGCAAACUGUGAUUGCCUGUGUAUGAACAAACGAACUUUAGAUGGACAACAAUAUUUUCCUAUUAGAGUUGCUAGUCAUUGUUCUUACCAACUAACUUGCAUGCUAUCCUAUUAAUUACUAACUUGCUAAAAUUGUUAUUUUUCCACAGUGUCUGACAAAGAUCAGGGUUCAGGAGAGGUGAUGGUCAGGGCAGAGUGCUACAGGUCAAUGAGGAAGUCAGAGAAACCUCACAAGCUCAGAGUGGUCCUAAAAGAUGUGCAGCCUGUGGAGCUCCUGCACUUCCAUUGCACCUGCAAGGCUGGAAAGGCAUUGUGCAACCACGGUGUUGCACUUCUGUUUCAAGCUGCGCACUAUUCGCAGUUGAAACUCCAGGUUGUCCCCCCAACGUUGAGCUGCACUGAAGGGGAACAACAGUGGCAUAAGCCUAGAGUUAUGGGGAUAAAGCCGGGCCCUGUUGACAAGAUGGCUGUGAUCUCGGCCAAACCAAAAGCCAGAAAGACAACAGAGGGAGUGCGGAGCAAACUGUACAAAGGUCUUCAUGGGGAACUUCCUGACCUCUCAGUUCUUCGGGUGUCGGAGGUAUACAAAGACUUUGCUGCUGCUGACCGCCCUAUGAUCUGCAGCAUGGGGAUAACUGAAGAUAUUCCACUAGUGGACUCGCUGUUUGGAAAGGUUCAACAUGGAAGUCCCGUGUCGUACCAGCAACCUGCCAAAGACCAGGUAAAGGCUCUCCAUGAUGCCACACCCCCUCCAUCGUUGCCACUCCAGGCCUACAGACUUGAGCCAUCAGAGUGCAUGUUUGCGUGUUCCAGAAAACAACAACUGCACAUGCAAAGUCUUCAAGUCACCGAGGAUUUGGCCCAUAAGAUCGAAUGUGGUACCCGAGAGCAGAGCUUGUGUGCCGAUUGGUACAAUGUUCGGAAACCACGGGUGACAGCAUCUCGUUUCAGAGAAGUCUGUCAUGUGGGCAAGGCCUCUGAAGAGGGACUUGCGGAACGCAUUCUUAGAGGGAUACGGCAGACCGCAGCUAUGAAGAGGGGUUUGGAGUUGGAGGCUGAUGCAGUCUGGGAGUACUGCCAGAUAAAGAGAGUCAACCACUACAAAUGUGGGUUUGUAGUACACCCAGAUGCACCUUGGAUUGGUGCCUCGCCGGAUGGGGUUGUUUUUGACCCAUUAGAACAGCCAGAGUUUGGCCUUUUAGAGAUAAAAUGUCCCAACAUUUCUAAUUACAUAGACGCACCUUAUCUGAAGGUAAUAAGUGGUUCAGUGCAGCUCAAACCGACCCAUGCCUACUAUUGGCAAGUUCAGGGCCAACUGUUGGUCACAGGUAUGAGUUGGUGCGAUUUUGUUGUCUCUGCCCAGGAUGAUGUUUUCAUCCAGAGAAUCCAGAGGGAUGAGGGCAUGAUGCUAACAAUGAAGCGUGGGAUUGACAUGUUUUUCUUCAAUGUAUACAUGGACAAAUACCUGGCAGUGGCAUGAGUUGUUGAUUUCAUUUUAGCAGAUGACUCCUUUAAAUCUUAUGUGACUAAUGAUUAAGUUAAUUGUACAUGUUCAUUUGAAUGCUUUGUUUAUUUAAGGGCAAUCUCCUUUCUCUUUAUUUAAUUCCCCCCUAUCCCUUGAUUUUUCAAUAAAUGAUAACGUAUUCAAACAUUUUAUCAGUUGUCUCCCUCCUUUUUGUUGCACCUCUUUAACGAGCAGAGGUUCGUAACAGGCAGUGACACGUCAUGCUAACGAUUAAUGAAAUUUUACUCUUUCAAAUACAUUUCACUUGAAAUCUAUAUGAUGUGUUUUUCCUUUCUGAAUUACAGAUAAAUGGUCCUUUGCAUCUUUAAAAAAUCCAUCACAGCCAAUAGGACACAGAACAAAGCUGUAGACUACAUUUAUGAAGUAAAGCAGUUUUAUUUAAAGAGUAACAACAAAUCACUUAAAAAAAACCAAACAGUAUGGAGUAUGGUUAAAUAGCAUGUUUAUUUUGAAAAAGACCAGAAAAUCAGACCAUCCAUUUCUUGACCAGGGGUCCGUACUGAUAAUUGGAGAGGAGACAUGCAACAGUGAACAGUUGAUUUAUACUGCCACAAAUAGAGAGAGGGAUGACCGUGUCAAAAAGUUUGUUUUCUUUGACCCUCCUAAUGAGCCUCUCCACGUGGACUCUCAGGCGUGCAAUCGACUGGGUUUUAAGGAUGUCUACCUCUGACAUUUGCUCCUGUUUGUGCAUAAAAGCAGGGCGAUGCACUUUCCCAGAAACUAGCUCAUCAAUCAAAAACCCCUUGUCUACCAUAACCUCCAUGUCGGGUGUUAGGAGAGAGGUGAUGCCGGAGUGACGGAAAAUCUCCUUGUCACUGAUGGAGCCUUCAAAAAGUGCUGACACAAAUGUCAAUGCUCCAUGGGGGGACAUGCCAAUAAGUGCUUUGAAGGUACAGUGCGACUUGUAGGCGGAGAAUACCUCACUUUGAAGCAGAAGGGAGGUAGGGG